CCACAUUUAUGGUUUAGAUUAUUCUCACCGUUGAGUAGCGGGGAUUACGUUAGCUUCUCGAUCCUGGCGGUGGUUAUGGUGGAUCAGACCCCAGUGGCUGUUUUCAAGUUAGUUCUUGUUGGUGAUGGUGGUACGGGGAAAACUACCUUUGUGAAACGCCAUAUUACUGGAGAGUUUGAGAAAAAAUAUGUUGCUACUUUGGGUGUUGAGGUUCAUCCACUCGACUUCCAUACCACCCGUGGCAAAAUGCGCUUCAACGUAUGGGAUACUGCUGGACAGGAGAAGUUUGGCGGGCUUAGAGAUGGUUACUACAUCCAGGGCCAAUGUGCAAUAAUUAUGUUCGAUGUUACAAGUCGUGUCACGUAUAAAAAUGUCCCCAAUUGGCAUCGGGACUUGGUACGAGUUUGUGAAAACAUACCAAUCGUCUUAUGUGGUAACAAAGUUGAUAUUCAGGACAGAAAAGUUAAGGCGAAAUCCAUAACUUUUCACCGAAAGAAGAACCUGCAGUACUAUGAUAUUUCAGCUAAAUCCAACUACAACUUCGAAAAGCCUUUCUUAUGGCUAGCCCGUAAGCUGGUUGGUGAUCCGAACUUGGAGUUUGUGGAAAUGCCUGCCAUGGAGCCUCCUGAAAUUCAAAUCGACCCUAACUUGGUCAGGCAAUACGAGCAGGAAAUUCAAAUGGCUGCAGAUGCUCCUCUUCCAGACGAAGGUGAUGAAGAUUUGUGAAUAACCGAGCCCCGGUAUACAUGACUUUCAGACUCCCUAUUGAAUGAUUUUUAUUCAGUGUAAUAAACUUUUCCUAGUGUC